UCUGGCAUAGCUCACAUCACUGAGAAGUGACUUCUGCUGGUGUGUGGUUCCCCCUGUGCAUGGGGGCUACCUGUACAGGUCCUCCCAGCUGGGACUAGAACUGGCUAUCUGUAGCUGAUAUAGGGGUGAUUAUAUUUCAUUAAUAGGUCACAUAGUUUAAGAACGGCAGGAUACAACUUGGGAAAAGGUGGUGAAGAAAAAUUAGAGAUGAUAUCUGGGCCUGUGAGAAUGGUGGUGAUGCUCACAAACAUGAGAAAACUCUAACUUGGCUCUUCUUCCCUGAGGGAGUCUGGGUCAAAGUAGACUCAUCACUACCUCCAUUUUCUGUGGUGGUCUCAGAAUUUAGUAUCAUUGUAGGACUGCCCUUGCACAGAAUGAUUUUCAGAUUUACAUAGUCACGAUGCUCAUUUGCAGGUGACGUCAUCCUGGAAGAACUGCAGAUGCCCUAAAUAGGUGUCAUAGCUGUUUGUUCAUUUUCUGCUGCUGGCUGGUGAAUAUGGAUCAAACACUCAACCCAUGCAACACAUGUUGCACCAACAGCACACCCUUCUGCAGAGAUGACAAGAUGCUCAUAGACCCUUUGGUGCUGAAGAAGAAGCUCAAUAGGAUGGCAACAGAGCAAGGGGCCUUUGCUGUUCUCAGCAGCCUGCUGCUGUACGUCACUGAGCUCGCAGCUGGCGAUCUGCAAAUCAGCAACAAGAGGACAAAAUGGGCAGAAGGUAAAGAAAACAAGGUGAGUUAUAACCAGCCAUGUCCAGGUCCAAUCAGGGCUCAGCAUCCAACCAGAUUUCAGCUGUUGCGGUCCAGGUUUCUGAACAGCAAUCGCGAGCCGUACACCAAGAAGAGAAGAGAAGUUGGCAAACUGGUCAUUAAAGAAAAGCUGUGGGUGAGCAGGGCUGGUAACAAGCUGGACAGAAACAGAGACAGGAAGGGAGAUGGAAAAGCAGUGGGGGAGGAUGCAGACACAGCACCCAGCGAGAGGGCCAGGUGGAGCAGCACGACUGGAAAAAACACAGUGAAGAACAUCCUGAAGAAAUUUUAGCUGCUGAAGAAAAAGAAGACAAGGAGAAGUCUCCCAGCUGGAAAAGAAGGGGACAAACAGCGGUUUGCCAAAAAUAGUCAACAGGAGUUCAGUCCUGUCCAAACUGAAGGAGCAGUUUGAACAAAGCGCUCUCUGCUCAGCUGCAGAGGUGAAAGCAUCACUCUUGUGCAAAGGUGAGAAAAAGACAAAAAAAUU